AUGGCCAUACCACCAGGCUUCGUCUACAUCGGACACAGGCUACCUCAGCUGCUGGCUGGGCCAUUAACUGCAUACUUUCUCAUUGUACUCCUCGGCCGGGAAAUUUCCACCACCUUGACGAUCACUUCGGUGCUGCUCAGCGGGCCGCUCCUGUUCACAAUCCUCCUCACGUACGACGACAUCAAGAACUACAUCGCUGCAUGCUCUAGUGGUGCCCAGUUACCACCACACAUCCGCGACUACAGCCUCGGAGGUAUAUGGACAAUUUACAAGGAUAUUCAGGCAGAGAAAUCAGGCUACAUAGCCGAUGGCAUUGAGGAGACUGUGGAAUAUUGUGGAGGAUAUGUGUUCAAUGUGCGGCUGCUGUUCCAGAACAGAAUGAUAACACUUGAACCCGAACACCUGAAGACUAUCCUCGCGUCCGGCUUCGAGAAAUUUGAGAAGGGGUUAGAAUUCCGUGAAGUGUUCAACUCUCUCCUUGGAUCUGGUGUUUUUGCUGCGGAUGGGGAUCUGUGGAAAUUCCACCGGUCAAUGACACGCCCAUUCUUCACGAAGGACCGGAUUAGCGACUUUGACAACUUCGAGCACCACGCAGAGGACGCAAUCUGCCAGCUCAAGUUGCGGCUGCGGGAAGGAUACCCGGUUGACAUCCAGGACAUGGCUGCCAGGUUCACGCUCGACUCUGCCACGGAGUUCCUCUUUGGGAACGACGUCCGUUCGCUUGCCUCGCGCAUACCGUACCCCGCAAGCUCAGCUCGAGCGAGCCCAUUCCUCUCGGACUCGGAAGAAUCAAUUGAGCUGGACCCGGCGGCGCGUUUCGCGAAGGCAUUUUCUGAGGCGCAGACCGUCUCUCUGUCACGAGCCCGUCUCGGCCUGCAUUGGCCAUUGGCUGAGUUCUGGACAGAUAGAAUUGUUGCGCCGAUGAGGGUUGUGCAUGACAUGAUUGACCCAAUCGUCGCCGAGGCCAUCGAGAGGAAGCAUGCCAAUGCGGAGAAGAAGGCUGGUCACGAAGGGAAUACUCUGCUCGAAGAGCUGGUUAAUUCGACAGAAGACCCCAUCCUUCUCAGAGACGAAAUCAUGUCCCUGCUUGUUGCCGGACGGGAUACUACCGCAAGCACUCUGACAUUUGUGGUAUACAUGCUUUCCGAAUACCCUGAAGUUCUUCGUCGAUUGCGAGAAGAAGUGUUAAGUAAAGUCGGGCCCAACAAACGACCGACUUACGACGACAUUCGAGAGAUGAAGUACCUGCGAGCUGUCAUAAAUGAAACUCUGAGGCUCUAUCCAGUCGUACCGUUUAACGUUAGAAUGUCCAAGCAGGCGACGACCUGGCCGCCGGUCAAACCAGGAGGGAAACCUUUCUACAUCCCUGCCAAUACAAGGGUUGCAUAUAGCGUUAUGGCAAUGCAGCGUCGGAAGGAUCUGUGGGGCCCGGAUGCUCUCGAAUUUGACCCAGAUCGGUUCCUUGACAACCGCCUACAGAAAUAUCUGACGCGCAAUCCAUUCAUUUUCCUCCCGUUCAACGCAGGACCGCGCAUCUGCCUCGGCCAACAGUUCGCCUACAACGAAGCAUCCUUCUUCCUUAUCCGAUUCCUGCAGAAUUUUUCGUCUAUCACUUUGGCCAUGGACGCACAGCCUCCGGAGUCGCAUGCACCAAAGCACUGGGCAAGCGAGGAGGGGAGGAAAGGCAAGGAGAAGGUGAAACGUCAAGCCCACUUGACAAUAUACAUGCAGGGUGGGUUGUGGGUUAGAAUGGAUGAGGCGGACGAAAGCAAGUCAUAA